AUGAGUUCCGUGCAAGAAGAGAAAGUACCUACAGAGGCGUCAAACAAAACUCACGUACGGGAUAUACGGAACACAGAAUUGGUAUCGCGACUUUUGGCCGCUACCCCUCCAUAUCUAUAUAGCGCAUUACCACUACAACCGCAUGCCUUCUUCUUCAGUGAAAUGUUAAGGUCCUUCGUCAACGCACGACAUGGUUGUAGACCCCCUCAUUACCAACGUCGUUUCAAACGUCGAACGCAUAAAUAUUUUGCCGAGAACGAAACGGAUUGGCGUCGAGAAUGGCCGAAGCAGGAGGAAGAGAAGAAAGAGCACGAGCCACGACCGGAAGUACCGCUAGAAUUAACUGUAGAAAAACACGCUAGGAUUCAAGAUUCUUUGUCUAGAAGUUUGUCACCAAAACCAGAUCUUGCAAAAUCGAGCGGCAGUCCUGGUCCUCCGGGAAGGCAGUCUACCUUUGUCGAUGUCGGCACCGAAGAACUACCAAAGCCCGCCGCUUCUGCUGGUCGGAAUACAACUGACAGUGCCAUUCCGCCAUCCAACUUAAUCUUGCCCCCGCCGCCACCAAUGUGGUACCCUCCGUUAUACAAUCCCCAAUUCGGUGUUGAUCCUCUGAACUUCUUUAUAGACCUACGAGUUUCAGGUCAUAUCUACGAUAGAAAACGGGUCGCGCCUGACAAUGUUGAUGUUAGUCAAACCGACGACCCUGAAAAGCGUUUGGGUCGCGACUUCGGGAGGAGACAUCUGUCUGCUUUCUCCGUGCCCGUAAGGUCCAACAACGGUACGCCCGAUAAAAUUUUCAAUCAAAAUAAAAUUGGGAAGGCGAACGGCACUUCGUAUGUUAUGAAGAAUUUAAAACGGGUCUAUGAUAACCUGAAUAAUGUGCGUGACACUGAAGGCUCGAAGGUCAAUAACGAUGAUGAAGACAGAGAUGAUAAACUCGAGUCAUCGGAUGUUGAAGAUGAUGUGAUUGAUUAA